UGCAGAGCUUGCUCACUGACAAGUAAAAUUGUCUGGCGUGAGACAAGUAAAAAAAUAAGUAGGGCGCACUGGGACGGCUCAAUGGGAUAUACUGUGGUCUGUGACCUAAAUAUGCAUGCUAAAAACCUAAUGACAAUAUAAGAAUGAGAAAUCUUGCAUCAGAAAAUAUAGGAUAACAAGGCAGGGGGCAUUUUGCUGCUAGAUAGAUGUUCAUGCAAUAUAUAUCAGCAAAAUUUAUAUAUCUGAGCUAAACUUUCUUCACAAGUUGAAUUAACUAUUUCACCCAAACAGCUUAUAUGUAACAUACCUGGAAAACCCUUCACCUAAAAUAUUAAGGACAAGCAUUUAGACAUGUACAGGACAGUGGUGUAUGAAUCGAGGGGCCUACCGUCGCUUGCAACUAAGGCUGAAUGGUCGCAGAUAAAACAUGUCUAUUCUCAUGACAAUGUUCAAUGUUUUCACCGAGAAAGUUCAUUUGAUGCAUGGUUUCGAUUUGCUCAACCGAUCAGCUUGGACCUGUGAUUGGCUAAUCAGAUUAAAACUUGCACACAAAUAGGCAAUGUCCCUGAUUGAAAGUUUGGAAAUUGCGCGGCCAAGAUUUCAAAAAUUUAAUAGUAAAUAUAUAUAAAGCAUCAAAAUUGUGCGGCCGCGCGAUAUAAAGUUUCCACACUGGUCAAUAUUCCUCCUCAGUUGAUGGGCAAAUUUACCAACUUCAGACAAAAUAGCCAAAAACCCUCCCUAGUAUCAUGUAGCGGUUUCCGCAACGGAAAUCAAUUCUGUCCAAAAAAAAACCGGGAAAUAUUUACACAAAAUAAAGAGCAAAUUCAGCGACGGGUUUAACAAGAAACCGACCAAAAACCUACCCGAUAUACAUCGCGUGCGAUGACAAGAAUGCAAUGACAUGCAAAUGGGGAAUUCCAAAAACCCCAAAUUGAAAAUCGCUUUUUAUUUUAACACGACGCAUACUAUAAAUUUCUAAGUACAAUCAGAACAAUAACCAGUUAUCAUAUUAGGUCACUAAAUGUUUUAGUUAAGAUUAAAACGAUUUUUACCUGACAUAUUUUGAUCUAUUUCUUGACCACGUGCAAAAUACGGCUGAACGUUCCAACAACGAACACAAGGAAAGACUUUGAGCCUGUGCGAUCAAAACAAUAUUCGAGCGGUUAUAGUUCCGCCCAAUUUCAUGUAAGCGAAAUAUUCUUCAUCAACCGUGACGAUGUCACGUACCGGAAAAACGCCCCCAAAUUCGGGAGUGUUUACUUCCUGUAAAGGAUUUUACGCCGGUAGGGAACAACACCGCGGAAAUAUAUAAACGCUCAUAAUUUUGAGUUGAAUGGAAGUUUUAUGGUUUAAAACGUCGGAAUAUUAUGAGUAAAGAGAUAGCUUUAUAAUAUACACCAUGUUACAAAAAUUGGAAUUUUCAGAGUGCCUCAAAGACUCUCCAUUCUUCAGGUGAAAAUGAUCCCUCUUGUAUUUAGCAUGAUCUUUCUUGAGAAAUGUGUUUUUAUUUUACGCACAAUAGGUGAACAAAAGUAGUUAAAAGAUGUUUAAGAAUAGGUCCUGUUCGAAUACUAAUAGCAGCCUGAAAAGGUGUCUUUCGUUGGAGUUUAUGAACAUGCAUCACUAUAACGUAAACAAUGUGUAUGAAUUUGAGAUUAUAUGCAGAAAAAUGUUGCAAUUAGUCAAUUAAUUAUGUUUUGUUAUGAAAAACAUGAUUAGCAGGAUAAAAGCUAUUAUUAAUUAAACUAGAGAAAACAAAGUAUUUGAUGAAACAUGAAAUUUGUCAAAGUGCAUUUUAAAACAGAGGUAUGUUUAGACAAUUUGCUCAUGCAAGAGAAUGACAUCUAUCAAUACCAUAUGUCACUGACCCUCAUAUAAACAAAUCAUCAACACCCUAUUAGACUGAUGAUUUAUCAAAGCAAAUUACUUUGAUUGUUACUCUUGACAACUUUCAGUCAUCACUCUAUAUCUACCCAACAUUUCAACCUGAAAAAACAUUGGCAAACAGGGCUUGAAAUAACAGCUGAUCACCAAUCAAUAAUCGGUAAAAAAUUGUCUAUGAUCAGUGGGAAAACAGGCUUUACAACCAGGGAAAGUCAUAACUGCCGAUCGGUAACUUUAGGAACCUUGUUUCAAGUUCUGGGUGAAUCAAAUUUUUCUAUGCAUGUUUUUCAAAUGCUGGCUUGUGUGUUGGAUGCAUCUACACUACCUGAAAAAUAAAACAAACUUCAACAUCUCAAAGUUCGAUAACUUAAUUAUAAUAGUAGCAAGGACCAUUGCUACACAGUUUCAGAUGUAGUUUGUUGUUUGUCUGCAUCAUGUACAGAAACUGGCAUAUAUUUCUGGAACAUAACCCAGUGUGAUUUUCUGUAUGAAUAUAGAUUUCAGAUUGAACAGAAUGAACAAGAUAUCUUAAAAUUGGAAUCUGAACUUGAAAAGGUUUGUAAUGAAGAUUUUUUUGAUUUCAUAACAGCAUAAUCUGAAACAGGAAAUUCAAACAAAAUAUGAACAAACAAAGCUGACAAACUUACUGACAAUCAAGCAAACUAAAAAAACUGAAAUAGAAUAAAUGGAAUGACCUGCAAACAAAUAUAUGUAGACAUAAUAGAAGUGAAAAGUAACUAAUAUUUGUACAAAAUACUGUUUUAGCUGAUCAAAACAUGUAAUACAGUGGUUGAAGUUGGUAAAUCUUAUGGUAAUGCUGUAAGGUAGGUCUAUAUGCAAGGCUAGCAAUGUUCACAUACUGAGUGUGAGCUCUAAAACAUGUGCACUAAAUAUUCAUUCAUUUCACAGUGGUCUUAUCAAAGGUAUUGACUCCUUAUGUAUGUAUUUUAAUGGGGAUGGUGUGGUCACAGAAUCCCUGGGAAAAUUUGGCAACGUUUUAGAAGAAGCUUUGUCUUAUUUUAUGGUAAUUAUUCAGAAAAAAUACUUUGUACUGCUAUUAUAUGAGCAUGUAGAAAAUAAAAGAUGAAAAAUUAUGCUUCUCUUUGUUAAGAUACUUAUGGAUCAAACUCAGUGUUCAAUUGCAAAUGCCCUUCAGAAAUUCCUCAAAGAGUAAGUUCUAUACAUUUGAUGAAACAGGACAAUGUUCAUGAAAUUCUGUUAUUUUAACGGGGAUUGACAUGUUAUUUUAAUUUUAACUUUGACAGAGAAAUUAAAAAAGUGAAAGAAACCAAAAAGAUUUUUGACAAAAUGGGUUAUGACCUAAGCAAGUAUGACCAUUCACUAAUAACAAUUAGUUCUGGUUUAUGAUUUGUGAAUCUUUGGAAGAUAUUUACCUCUCAAUUUUUUUCAGUGCAUUGGUGAGAAAUUCUCAGCUGCCAAAAAGUAGUAAAACUACAGAGACUGAAGAGGCAAGUAUCGUCUCAAUUAAGUUUAAUUAUUUAUAUUAGUUAAUUUGUUGACCAAUUACUGCUUAAUUAAUGUUUCAUUUUGGGUAGGUGAAAAACAUUGUUACAGCAACAAAAGUUGGUUUUGACCAUUUAUCAUUGGAUUACACAUUUCAAGUACAGCAUCUUCAUUUCUUUUAAUAAACAGAAAAUUUAAUGUUGUUUUUUAUGAUCUAAUAAUGUGCCGGAUAUCAUCAAGUUUUUGUGCAUUAUGCAUACAAAAUGGACUUGUUCUUGUUUAUGCCUGGUUCACACUGGUCGUAAGAAUCGGGGAUUCCCAUUGUCUGUGGUCAUUGGUGUGUAAAAUGUUUUGUCUGUCAGAAAAGAAUGCAAUAGAUCACCGAUGAAUUACAACCAGUGUGAACCAGGCUUUCAUAGUCAACCAUGAUUUGAAUAAUGUAAGAAAAUUAUCUUUAUUUUCAGAUCAAUGUUUUGCAAUCAAGAAAAAGAUUUGAAAUUUUAGAUGUGGUAAGAGCCUGAGAGUGAACACUUUAAUUAAUGUCUACUCUCUGGUGAGUCUCAGCUUUUGUUAUAACGAGUGCUGCUUCAUCUCUUCAUUUCUAAUUUAUUUAGAUGUUGGCAUAUAUGCAUGCACAGUACACAUUCUUCCAUCAAGGGUUUAAUUUGCUCAAAGAAAUUGAACCACAGAUGCGAUCUCUUGGAAAGCAGGUAGGUGCUCACUGCGAAUAUGACUCGGUGAUCAAGAUUUCUGUCUCAGAAUUUGAACUCGACAUUUUAAAAAUCAUUUAUAAAAUAAUCAAUAUCAACUAUAAUCUCACUCAAUGUUGUUAGUUGGAGGACCUUUCUGUAUCAUUUGUGGCAGAAAAAAAAGAGAUGGAAGGCAGGCACCAGCUUGUUCAGGGAAGGGUUAGUUUAUUGACAAAUUUCAAACAGAGCUCUGAAUGCACUUGAUGUAUAAAUGCUUGUUUAUUCUUCUCCAAAAAGUGUGAAAUGUAUCUUUACAUGUCAUUUAGUGUAUUUUCUAUGUUUCAUUUGUAGGAAGAUUCAUUGUUUGCAACAAUAAAUCCUGUCCCAUCUUCCAAGUAAGAAAGUCUAUGUUUUAAUCAGGGGUCAUUCUAAGGUGCUCUACAAUUUUCUAAAAUAGAUAGUUGGCUGAGCCCAUUGGCAAAUCUUUCAAAGUAAUCAAAACCAAACAUGAAACAAAUGUUUUUUUGCAACAUUCUUCAAAUUUGCGCUAGAAUGCAAGUUCAUAUCUCCAGUGAGGUAAGGAGCGUGAGGUAAGGAGCGUGAAGGAAAGACACAGGGAAUGAGGUUGACGUGAUUGAGCAAUUAAUCUAUAGACUAUAAACUGUAUAUUAUAUUAGUGGAGCAUUUAUACAUUGGUAAAACAAAACCGAAUUUCACUCUGAAAGCACAGGAAUUGGCCAUUCCUGACUUCUAAGAAUUCAAUAGCAUUACUCGCUGCUCUUCCUCAGCACUCCUUGUUGAAAUAAGCAGUUCUAAAUUGUUAAUUAUUUCCCCACACUAUGCCUUUCUAGUGAGGUAGUUCUAGAAGGAUAUUUAUUCAAACGAAGUAAGAAUGCUUUCAAAACAUGGCAGAGGUAAACAACUUUUGUACCAGUUGUUGAAUUAUCAGAAAUCAGUUGUUAAAUUAUCAGGAAUCAACACAUUCAAUAUGAAAAUGUGCGACGCUCUUUUCAGGAGAUACUUUACGAUGCAAAACAAUAAGUUAUUUUAUCAACACAAAUUUAAGGUAAUACUUCUCAAAUGAUUACAUAGAAAAUGUAUUAAAAUAUGAAAUAAAAAUUCAGAGUUACCGCGUAGUUGUGUAAUUCCAAUUUACUUGCGUUUCAAAGGAUGGAAAAACGGUUCUUGCAGAAGAUUUAAGACUGUGUAAAAUACGAGAAGCAGAAGAUAUAGAUAGAAGAUUUUGUUUUGAACUCAUAUUUCCAACCAAGUAAGACUAUAUUUAAAAGGGAAACAAUUACCAGCAUCCCACCAGAAAUUAGGCCUAUCAAUUAUUUUGCAUUUUUCACCUAGACUGGUCAUUCUUCAAGCUGAUUCAAAAAAUUUACAAGACACGUGGGAAAAUGCCAUGAAGGUGUGCGUAAUAUGCGAGACAAAUAAACAAGAAUGAUUGUAAUACUAGUGUUGAUGAUGAUGGUUAUAACGAUGAUACUGUAAUUGUAAUGAUGGUGAUGAUGAUGGUGGUGGUGAUGAUGAUGGUUUGGUAAUGAUGGUAGUGACGACGAUCAGUGAUAAUAUUAUUGAUUAUUAAUUAGGUCAGUAUAGAUCAUGCAUUUGGUUUGCCCUAUCUGGAUAUAAACGAUGAAGAGGAGUCACAAAUCUCUAAUAGUACAGUAAGAAAAUAUUGUGACAAUUAUCGUUCUGCAUGAGCAUGUGUUAAGGCAUCUUUCUUCUUCAUAAUAAAAUCUCACACAUUUAUCUUGACGUGUUCUAUUUCGUGAAAACUGCUUUCUUUAUUCAUGUAGUUUAUGUCCAUUCCCGUCACAAAAAGUAGAAGUUUAGAGUCCCUGGAUAAGUUGGCAAUGUUAAAGUAUGUUCAAACAUUUUAAUUAACUCAUAUUCAAAACAAUUCGUUUUCUGCUGCUCGUUUAUUUAUAUUGAUUUUGUUCAACUACAGUGCAGAGAAAGAAAUUAAAGACAUCUCUGGCAAUGAUCAAUGUGCAGAGUGUGGGAAACAGGGUACGUCAUUGAUGCUCGUACCUUUGUCUUGAAUGUAACAACGCACGAAACGCAGUCUGAGGGAGGAAACCGAAGCACCUGGAGGAGAGCGAAGCACCUGCAGAAAACCCACGACUUUCGCUAGAGCAUUGACUGACUCUUCUCACUCGAGUCGCUAGCGAGAGUCGAACCAACGAACUCAGACAUGACUUGCUCUGAGGACUGCGCCACCCAUAUACCCAAGCCCUGAUGACCCAUAUACCCAAGCCCUAAUGACCCAUAUACCCAAGCCCUGAUGACCCAUAUACCCAAGCCCUGAUGACCUAUAUACCCAAGCCCUGAUGACCCAUAUACCCAAGCCCUGAUGACCCAUAUACCCAAGCCCUAACAUACUGUAGUUGUACUACACUGAUGGCAUCAUUGUUUUUUUUUGCAGAUCCGAAAUGGGCUAGCAUUAAUUUAGGCUUGGUAUUGUGCAUAGAGUGUUCUGGUAUUCACAGGUAUAUUAUUGUAUUUCUGUAUCGUUAAAUUAUUGUAAUUAUACAGUAUAUAUGGCGCAUUAUUUCAGUUUUUUGUAAGUAUAAAUCUAUUACUGUUGUCCACAUUUGAAGGAGCAAAUUACUGUAAGGCAACUUAAUUAAAUAUAGUCAUCGCUACACUGCGUCAUUUGAUUCGGUGAGUACAAUCGCCUGAAGUUCGCUCUGAAAGAGACGUGAAACACAGUGUAGUGAUGACUAUAUUGCAUUGUAUAUAUUGCUAUUUUUUAGUUAAUUCGUUUUAGGAGUUUAGGAGUUCAUGUUUCAAAAGUUAGGUCACUACAUCUUGAUGACUGGGAACCCGAAUCAAUUAAGGUAAACAUGUUAAAACAGGAUGAACCGUUGAUAUAGAAUACUAUUCAUGAAAGAAACAGUAUUUUGUAAAUAUUUGGAAGAUUUUAGAAGUUGAAACAGUUGUACAUCAUUUAUCCAUUUUAGGUAAUGAAGGAGCUUGGUAACCAGGCCGUGAAUAGAAUUUUAGAAUCAAGAACAGACGCAGCAGUUCAUAAACCUUCUCAUGACAGUAAAAGGUGAAACAUUUCACAUGAACCUCCCAACAUUGGAAACUUUUCAUUUGGGUUGUAAACCUAUCCCGGGUUUCCGACAAUAACUAAACCAUCAUUCUUUUUCAGAGAAAUUAAAGAGGAGUGGAUUAAAGGAAAAUAUGUAGAGAAGAUAUAUUUUUGCGGGAGAAAAUGUAUCGAAAAAAUCAUUCCACUUGAUGAGAACAUUCUUCGAGCUCUGAAUAAAGUUCCCGGCCACCAUGUUCGUGACGUCAAACGACCAACAAAGAAAAAACUGGGACGCAGACGACCAAAUUUGACCAGCUCCAUUUUUAAAAGAUUCAGUAAGAGUGAGAAAAAGAAUUGUGAAGCUUUGAAGGAGAAACCAAGAGAGGAGAAGGCUGCUCGCAACUCAGCUACGACAAGUCCCGAGCUCUCGCCGGAGAUUAAACGAAGUGUACCGCCUCUUGUGUUGAUGUCGCCAACAAAAUCUAGGUAUUUCAACGAGUACGAUUAACAUUAGUAUAACGCAAAUUUAUAUGUGGAUACGAGCAAAUGCGCUUUACAUCAAGUAUUACACUUACCUAAUUACAUACUUAUCUUACUAAAGCCUGAUUUCCACUAGGCGGAAUUUUGCGCGCGGAGCGGAAUUUUUCUUUGUCUUGUGAUUUCUCAGGUGGAACUAAUUAGAAAAGACAAAGAAAAUUUCCGCUGCGCGCGCAAAAUUCCGCCUAGUGGAAAUCAGGCUUUAUCCUAGAUUAUUUUAUCUUUACAACAAUGGACCAUUUGCAUUAUAGACUAAAUUUUGAUCUAGACAAACGUUUCAUCACAUCUUGAAAGAGCAUCACAAAAUUAGUAAUAUUCCAAAGUUUCGUUGCGAAAUGUUGUAAAUUGCCGAUAAUAUAGCCUUGCGAAAUUUGCAAUUUUCAGUCAUUUUGUAUUACAAACGGGAAAUUAAUGCCCCGAUUGGGCUGUCAAUUUCCCGUGCGUAAUACAAAAUGACUGAAAAACGGCAAACUUCGCAUGGCUAUAUUAUCCGCAUUUUACAAUAUUUCGCAACGAAACUUUGGAAUAUUACUAAUUUUGUGAUGCUCUUUCAAGCUGUGAUGAAAUUUUUGUCUAGAUCAAAAUUUAGUCUAUAAUGCAAAUGGUCCAUUGUGAUAUUACUGUCUUAAGUGUUUAUCCUAACCCACCCUGUCAACUUUCCCUGUGGGAGGAAACCAGACACCCGGAAAAAACCCACGACUUUCGCCAGAGUGUUGACUGACUCUUUUCACAUCAAUCCGUAGAAUCAAUGCAUCCAACAAUAUUGAAUGAUGUUGAACCAACAUAUUGGAGUAAAUUAUGGGAUUAAACUAUUUUGGAAAAAUUAAGCAAAUACUUGAUUAACCAAACAUUAAGGUUCUAUGAGAUGUAUCAUGAACAAGGUGUGUGUUGCAGGUCUCCACAAGAAUCAAGUGAUGAAUCAGGAGUGCCUUCCAAGGAAGAUGAAAGCGAGGUUGGAACAGCACCAUGUCCUCCUUCACCAAGAAAGAUCAAUGAAAAUAUUCUCAAAGCUCAACUUGUUGCAAUAGACCGGAACUCCAUUGGAAGUUGCUAUGACAACGUUUUGCACAGAGAGGACGCUGAUUCUGAUGGGAGUGUCGAAGAAACAGAUCUAGUUGAUGAUUGUCAUGACUCUGAUGUUGAGCAGUCCGAGGUGACGGUGAAAGAGAUCAAAGUCAUAGAAGGUUUGGCAGAAGAAGAAUCUGUGGAGUGCCGGGCGAGAGAGAAGUUGAAAAAUAUUCCUGCAAAUUUGGUAUGUGGACUUCCCAUGGUGUCCCAGUUAUUGAAAGAUGAAAAAAAUCAACAGUCGCGCCCAACAUAAAAUGUAGUUCCAACACUAAACCACUGCAGCUUAUCGUGUAAUACAACCUACACUGUUUCCCUUUGUUUAAGAUUGCACAGGACGAAUCAGAUACUACUGUAGGCUGACCUUUUAUAAAACCAAGCAGAUACUUCAUUCCCUGGGUAGGACACAAUGAACACUUACAAUGAACACUUACAGAAUCAAUAAGGCACACACACAUGAUGUAAGGUUUAAAUAGCAACACUGAAGGUAAUCCCUUGCAUGUGAUAAAUCGAUAUUGAAACAUAUGUUUUUUAUCUUAGUUAUUGUACAAAGCAACAGAUUGGAAGAACUUACCACUGAUGUUACUUGCUUUGACUGCAGGUAUUUAUACGUUCUAAUCAUCAAUUUCAAACAAAUUUAUAUUGGUGCUAUGUAUUAUGUAUCACCUAGAUUGUUUCAACUAGUACAAAUAUCGCAAUAAAACUUUUAUGAUUGCAGGGGCUAAGAUAAACUGGCAAAAUGACGAGGAUGAGUUGAAAACAAGCUUACAUCAAUCAGUAGAAGCAGUGAGUAUGCAUGCAUGAUAUUAAAAGGUCAAAUAAAUCACCUUAGUAACGUUUUGUAACGUGUUAUUUAUAUCCUUAAGGGUUUUCUUGCUGGCACGGAAUUUCUUCUACAAAAUGGCGCAAAGAUCAAUCUUCGUGAUUCUCGGGGUCGAGCUGCGUUACACCAUGCUGCUCUUCUUGGACAAACUGGGUAAGAAACUCUCUUUGUGGUCUUAGGAUGCCUGAAGACGGGCUUCUUCCAAACCGUUUUAUUUAAACUGGAUGACUCCAAUAUGUUGCUUAGUUUAAUUUAAAAGCAUAAACUAUUUUCCGUUUUCACUUUAAAGGGAGGCGUGUUUGUUGCUGAAGAAAGGUGCCAAUCAACAUGCUGUUGAUGAAAACGGCCAGGUACAACUUCAUUUCUUCUAAUUAGUUCCAAUUAGAAUAUCUUACAUUCAAUUAGAAAUUAUAGUUAUAUAUGUGUUUAUUUUCAGGAUCCGUUGAUGAUUGCGUUGUCACAAAUGCAUGCUGAUAUAGUCACAUUGUAAGUCUACUAUAAUAUAUCCGCCAUGAAAUAGCUUUCAAAGGGUUUGCAGUGUUGAAUGAAGAAAAUGAGCAGAAGUAACUUCUAUGUCUAAUUGUUAGUUUUUGCAACAACUUUCUGUGUAGAUUAAGGUUAUCACGGUUAAAUGAUGAAAUGAAGGAAUCCAGUGAUAACACGGAGAAACUUGGUAAGUACAUCAAUAACCUUCAACUACAAAAUCAAUCCUGGCCCUUUAAGUUACUUUUUAGGCCUUUGAGUUAACUUAGCAGCGCUACACUUAAUUAAAACAACAAGCCACAAUCCAGUCAAUCCUUAUUUAGUUAUUACUCGUAAUUUUGUUGUGAUGAUUAAGGUGUGGAUUAAAAAUUAAGACUUCCUAGGAUUAGGAUUAUCUUUGGAAUUGUAUGUAAAUUGAGAUCCAACAAUGUAAGAAGAGUUAUCUCUUUUCUGUCUCCAGGAGAUAACACGUUUACUGAUGUUGUAAGAGAUUUUUCAAACAUUGCAUCACUAAACCCUGAAAGAUUACAAAGAAAGUAUGAUCCAGACAGACAUACAAAUGUCUAGAAAGUCAUGAACUUGUUCACUUGAACAUUGUGAAGCAAUAACUAACAUGUUAAAACAGGUCAUUAUAUAUAUGCACAAAGAACUGUACAUAUUUAGUUUUGUUAGACACAUUUCACAUUUAUAUUUUAAUAUGGUACCAAGUUUGGGUCAGAUGAAAUAGAGGAUUUAAUACAAGUUCUCAAGGCAAUGGUGGCACUUAAUAUUUAAUGAGUGUUUAGUUGGCAUUCUGCACAAACUGUGGCUAAAGCAAAUGCUUGUAAGGAAAUGUUUGAGCUCAUACUAAGACUAUGUUCACACAGGACCAGACAAAGUUGAAAACUGUAUUCAAAUUUGUCAGGUUUCACUUGUCCAACAAGAAGAACUGAUCCGAAAUCGUGCCAAUUUGAGUAUGGUUCCAAAUUCGUCUAGCCUGUGUGAACAGAGGACCUACAGUAAAUGUGUAAAUGUAUUUUUAUAAAGAUAAAUUUAAUAUGUAAAUACUGUAGGUUUUGAUAAAAAAGAAAACUUCUUCAAAUUGAAAUAUGUGUUGUUUUUCGCCAAGUAAAUUGGAAAACAAAGCUGAGAUGAUCAAUGCAUAGUAUCAAUAUUGUUCUUACAUCAAUUGAAAUUUAAUAGGAAUAUUUAUUGAAGGAAGCCUCCAUCAAGGUCUGACCAUGGGCACAGAACAUAUAAACACUAACCAAAAAUGACAAAGACACAACCCAGUUUUUUUGCAGUAUGCUUGACUUUGCCAAGAAAAACUGGCGAACAAUAUUUAUUGAUAUACCAGUGUUGUUCAUACAUAAACAAGAUUGAAGUUGUCAUGUUUCCAUUUGAAAACAGCAUGGUUCAAUGUCUGAUAAAUACAUAAACUUUCACUUAACUUCAUGUUGAAACUAUUCAUUUUCUUUCUUUAUUUCUUUUUUCACAUCUACUUCUUUUGGUUUAGUAGAUUUCCAUCUUUCCUCCCAAUGUUUCUUCCACUUUUCUCUCAUUUCUGGAUCCUAUCAAAGUCAAAUAUUUGCCAUUCAAAUACCAUGU